CUAUCAAGUUUUAAUCCAAAAUUUCAGUUAUAUUUCUCCUCCUUUGAGUGAGUUUUUUGGGAGAGGAUUCUCUCAAUUUAUCUGUAUAUCUUAGGACUUGCCAACCUAAGUGGUGAAUCUGGCAAUCGAAUUCAUCGUAGUGAGAUUCUAAAUCUCACCAAAAUCGGUGUUUCGGUAUCGACUCCUACGCCAUUUGGUAUCAGAGCCAACAUAUUUGGAGUCUACACGUCAUUCUGGGCAUUCUGGUGAAAAUCCGAUCAACAAACAAGGUCACACGUGCCCCCACGCGCCACCGCCUUUGCCUCACGCGCCGGCCACCGCACCACUGCAAAUCGCGUGAAGUUCAUGCGCCAGUCAUCUUCAACCUCUCAUUCGCCACAUCAUCAACCACGUCAUCAACCAGCCACUGCCACAUCAUCCAUUUUGCCACGUCAUCUGUGCCACCCCGAUUCUGCUCUUCUUCAUCUUCUUCCCGCUGCAGCCAAAAAAGAAAGAGAAAAGAGGGAAGCCGACAGCCUCCCAUGAAGAGAAACCGGUAGAAAGCUUGGUUUUUGGCCUUCUUUUUUUGCUCUAGAACCUGAUUGGAACCCAGAAAUUCUCCCCCCUGCAGGAAGCUUUCGGAUCUGCCUUGCUCUGCUCCUCACCAUCCGGCUGCUCCUGCUUUGUGGGUGUGAUUUGUUCGGUUUUUUGGUAAGAAAUAGCCAUGAAUCUC